CCUAAAGAAGAGUUUGCACGGAGAAACUAAAGGCAACCAAGUUUGAUUUCAGGAAAAAGAGAAUCAACCAUGUCUUCUGUAUUUUCUGCACAAUCAGAUGAUGAUAAGGAUUAUCGCACAUCAUUAGAGAAAGCGAGAAGAUUAGCUCUUAAAAGGAAUGGGGAAGAAGUGGCAUAUGGUCCUCAAGCUGUUGCUUUACUUGCCACCUCAAAUCACAAUAAUCAGUCUAUAGAUUAUCAAAACAAUAUAGGUGGAGAUUCACAAAAAAACAAGGUGGUCUUCACAGAGUUGGAAGAAUUUGUCUUGGGUCUCUACAUUGAUCAAGAAGCAUGUAAGCCAGAAGGUGAAGAUGUUUUGAUGCAUGAUGAAGAAGAAAAGAUUGCUGAGGCUGCAGGUGGAUGGACUGAAGUUAAGAAAACUAGUGAAGAUGAACAACUACCCAAUUCAAAAGAUAAGGAGGAGAUUGUUCCAGAUAAAACUAUCCGUGAAAUUGCUCUCGGAAAAGGAUUGGCACGUGCGAUGAAACUGCUAAAAGAUCAACAAACACUUAGAGAGAGCCUUGAGUGGGGUGGCAGGAACAUGGAUAAGAAGAAAAGCAAAUUGGUUGGUAUGGUAGAUGAUGAAACACAUAGAUAUAAAAAGGAUAUUGGCAUUGAGAGGAGAGAUGAGUUUGGCAGAAUUUUGACUCCUAAGGAAGCCUUUCGGUUGAUUUCACAUAGGUUCCAUGGUAAAGGACCUGGCAUACGGAAGAAGGAAAAGCGUAUGAAUCAAUAUAAGAAAGAAUUGAAGAUGAAGCAGAUGAAGAGUUCAGAUACACUUUCACUCUAUGUGGACACAAUGAAGGAAGCUAAGACACCCUAUAUUGUUCUUAGUCGACACCCUGAACCAUCAAAUCCCAGAUACCCCAAAAAAGGUUAAAUUUCUUUCUAGGUCUUUUAAUUGUAAGCUAUAAGUGUGACCCUUACACUACUGCAUUUGAAGCUUUUAAGUUUUAACAACAUUUCACAGUUUAUAUUUACUAAAAUGUUAGGAAGUGAAGCUAAUAAUGCACUGUGGUAAAUUUGUGCGCAUAGCUACCUAUUCACUUGUUAACAAUUUCUUUAACUUACUUGUGCUUCAAUUUUGAACUCGCACUAACAUUCUUCUUCCAUUCUCAUGCUCAUGUACUAGUCCUCCGAUUCUCGAUUCACCCUCUCGCAUCACCCUCGCUUGUGCCACACUCGCUCCCGCUCACAGCCUCGUGUUGCAUAUUGCCUUCUAUUUUCUCUAAUGGCAUCUCAUAUCCCAUUUUCUUCUCCCUAAUCGCAAAAUGCUGAAGCUCUUUGCAGGUUUUGUGUAAAAUCUUUGCAGAAUUUCAUUUCAA